CAGAUAGAUGUGCUCUCUGGGCACCUGGCCCACAAAGCAACUUCCACCUGCUGCCUGAACUCCUGGUUCCGUUUUCUUGCUGACUAGACACCCUAGAGAGAACUUAAGUGAGACAGGAGAGUGGUGAUUUUCAGCCUCCCCCCACCCCCCAAGCAAACGUAGCUAGCUUUCUGUUUGCAGAGACCUGCCCUCCUGGUGUGACUUAUCUGCUCUUGGGCCAUUUGUCUCCAAAAGAAAAACAAAUGGUGGAAUGCGGUGCCCUGCAUGCUAAUCAAGUGGCCGAGCCAACCCACAGCUUAGGAGAAAGUUUGCCAAUGGGGAGAAUAAUGAUCUUCAGUUUCUGACCUCCUGGCACCGUGCGCGCGCGGUGUUUAUCAGGAGGUGCAUAUGACUGGUUAAGACACGCAGCCUGGCUGGAAGGAAACAGCUGCUACUGGCAUGCUCCACACUUGGCAGCCAGGCACACUAGUGCUGGUGUGAGAAAGACAAAGUUACCCCAAGCGUUCUUGAAGUAUAAUUAGGAAGGAACACAGGCUGUCAAAGGUCGAGAGAACCACUGGCUCAUACAGAUAUGGAGAUAAUCUGUCUGCUGCUGGAAAUGUCUCCAGGUUUUUGACAACGGCUAAACAACCAUGGGGUCCAACGGUCUCGGGAAAGCAGCAACACUAGAUGAACUUCUCAGCACAUGCAUCGAGAUGUUUGAUGACAAUGGAGAGCUGAGUGACAGUUACUUGCCCAGAAUUGUGCUACUGAUGCACCGAUGGUAUUUGUCCUCCACUGAACUGGCAGAAAAACUCCUCUGCAUGUAUCGGAAUGCCAGUGGAGAAAGCUGUGAUGAGUUCCGACUGAAAAUCUGCUAUUUUAUGAGGUACUGGAUUCUGAAAUUUCCUGCAGAGUUUAAUUUGGAUCUUGGUUUGAUUCGCAUGACUGAGGAGUUCCGGGAAGUAGCUAGUCAACUAGGAUAUGAAAAACACAUCAACCUCAUGGACAUAUCCAGCGUUCCUUCCUAUGACUGGAUGAGGAGAGUCACACAGAGGAAAAAAGUAUCAAAAAGGGGAAAGGCCUGUCUCUUAUUUGACCAUCUGGAGCCCAUUGAAUUGGCUGAGCACCUCACUUUUCUGGAGCAUAAAUCUUUUAGAAGGAUCUCAUUCACAGAUUAUCAGAGCUACGUCAUCCACGGCUGCCUGGAGAAUAACCCGACACUGGAGAGAUCUAUUGCUUUAUUUAAUGGAAUCUCUAAGUGGGUCCAGUUGAUGGUUCUUAGCAAACCAAGUGCUCAACAAAGGGCAGAAGUCAUCACAAAGUUCAUCAAUGUAGCACAGAAACUCCUCCAACUAAAGAACUUUAACACCUUGAUGGCAGUGGUUGGUGGCCUUAGUCACAGCUCUAUUUCUCGACUCAAAGACACCCAUUCUCAUCUCUCUUCCGAAGUUACAAAGAACUGGAACGAAAUGACAGAGUUGGUCUCCUCCAACGGCAAUUACUGCAAUUACCGCAAGGCCUUUGCUGACUGUGAUGGCUUCAAAAUCCCCAUCCUUGGCGUGCACUUGAAAGAUUUGAUAGCAGUCCAUGUCAUUUUCCCAGACUGGAUGGAAGAGAACAAAGUGAACGUUGUGAAAAUGCACCAGCUUUCUGUUACCCUGAGUGAACUGGUCUCCCUGCAGAAUGCCUCUCACCACUUGGAACCUAACAUGGAUCUGAUCAACCUACUCACUCUCUCUCUGGAUCUCUACCACACAGAAGACGAUAUUUAUAAACUGUCACUGGUGCUGGAACCUAGAAAUUCCAAAUCACAGCCAACCUCCCCCACGACACCUAAUAAGCCUAUGGUACCCCUGGAGUGGGCUUCAGAAGUGGUACCAAAGCCAGACCCCACAAUCAUCAACAAACACAUAAGGAAGUUGGUUGAGUCUGUGUUUCGAAACUAUGAUCAUGACCAUGAUGGUUACAUCUCCCAAGAGGACUUUGAGAGCAUAGCCGCCAAUUUUCCCUUCCUGGAUUCCUUCUGCGUGCUAGACAAAGAUCAGGACGGCCUAAUUAGCAAAGACGAAAUGAUGGCUUAUUUCCUGAGAGCUAAAUCUCAGCUACACUGCAAAAUGGGACCAGGCUUUAUCCAUAAUUUUCAGGAGAUGAAUUAUCUCAAGCCGACCUUCUGCGAACACUGUGCAGGAUUUCUCUGGGGCAUAAUCAAACAAGGCUACAAGUGCAAAGACUGUGGAGCCAACUGUCACAAACAGUGCAAGGACCUCUUGGUUCUGGCCUGCAGGAGACUUGCCCGGGCACCCUCCUUGAGCAGCAAUCUCGGGUCACUGCCUGGAAGUCCAGCCUUGCCCCCAGUGCAGGAUGAGGUAUUUGAGUUUCCUGGGGUCACUGCUGGACACCGAGACCUGGACAGCAGAGCCAUUACCUUGGUUACUGGAUCUUCCCGUAAGAUCUCCGUGAGGCUGCAGAGAGCCACCACUAGUCAAGCCACCCAGACCGAACCUGUGUGGUCAGAGGCUGUCUGGGGAGACUCAGGGUCCCAUACCUUCCCCAAAAUGAAAUCCAAGUUCCAAGACAAAGCAGCAAAGGACAAAGGCUUUGCCAAGUGGGAAAAUGAGAAGCCCACGGUACAAGCUGGUGUGGAUGUUGUAGAUCGAGGCACUGCGUUUGAACCUGAUCAGGAUGAUGGGCAAGAUGAAACCAAACAGGGUGGUGAGGUCAGUGCUGUGAAUCCAUGACUACCCUCAGAAGGAGGUGGCCGAGAGUGCUGAUAUGGGCAUGCAGCUCUGGAAAAUAGCCUCAUGACCUCAAAAGCACUGACUGGAAAUCAAGAUGUAUUCCUUUUAGAGUUACUACUGGCUAGUUAUAUGAGCUGGGAAAGAUGAUUUCUUGCCCCCCCCCCACCUGUUUCACCAUGCAUAAAACCUAAAUAGAGUUCUGAAAUGUAACAAGGUCAUGUCUGUAUUGCAGUGAUACACCAGGGACCUGUAACUGUUGUAUGUAUUUACAUAGCAGUGCAGUGGAGGGUUGCUUCAUUGUCCAAGACAGAGCUGGGGCUCAAACCCACAGAGGACUUGUAGAGAGGAGAAUUAGAUUCUCACCUGUGCUAAAAAAGAUUAUUGAUAGUAUCAAAGAAAAGGGAGGGGCAGCGAUCCAAGAUGUGAAGGCUGCAAGGGUCUAUAAAGGGGCCCUGCCAGCCAAGGAUCACAUUCAGGUUACCCAAAGUAAACUGGCAUGCACAAGGAAUGUUAGAAUAUGCUGAAACUAUAAAUUGAUUCAAGAUGGAGGAGACAAUUAGUCAACAGUCCAUGGUGUAUUAAGAAAACAGAUUUGGGAACAUCAAAUAAUUCCUAAAAUAAAGCAAUUAUUGAAAAGUCAAAUUCACACUGUAUGAAUAUACAGUGUACAUACAUUAUGCACAUAUCUAUAUGCAAUUUUUCAUGCAAAAUUUCUUAGUGCUUUUAUAUAUGUUAUAGCAUGAAUUUCUGAGAUGGACACAUUUUAACGAGGAAUAUUUGGGAGAGGGAAUAAUAUUUUGUGUAGCACCCUACAAGAACACCUCAUUUAUUGUAAAUGAACUCUGCAUGAGAGUAAGAUUUUCAUGUACUGAGUGGGCUAUCUUUUUUGUUACUUGUUUGUAUAUAUAUAUAUGAGUUGACUCAGGUAUAUGUGUAUGAAUAUGAAUAUGUGUGCCAGUUCACAUGUAUCUGCAUGCAUGUGGUGAGGUCAGAAAUGAGUAUUGAGUAUUGGAUGGCCUUUAUUCUCUCUCCUCCCUCCCUCUCCCUCUCCAAUUUCUUCCUUUAAUUCAGGAGUCUCUCUCCAAAUUUGGACUGACGCCUUUCCUCUGCUAGGCUGGAAGCUAGGUAGCUCCAGCAGUCUAAUCCUCUUGGCUCUUGCACCCACCAUCUCAAGGCUUUCAAGUUCCAAGGGUGCCCAGGACAUCUAGAUUGAACAGCUAGCUUGUUACACGGGUGCUAAAACCCAUGACUGUGCAGCAAGGACUUUGAAACACUGACCCAUAUCUCUGGGCCCUGCUUUUGUUUUGAAGUUUAAUUUUUUUUGAGAUGGAGUCACAUGAUGUUUCCCUGGGCUAGCUUCCAACUCCUGGGCUCAAGGAACCCUCCUCUGGCACCCAAGUAUCUGGACUAUAGGCUCAGGUCACACCUGGCUGGCUCUCUAUGAUUUGAUUCUCUCUUAAAUAUGGAAGCUCUGAGGUGCUCAUCCUUUGAGGUCUCCCCUUAUAGUCAUUUGGAAAAUGGCAUUUUAGUGAUAUUCUGCUCUUGGUAAUGGAGACCCAACUCUGCAGCCAGUUCUGGUUUGUAUUGCAGGAUGGCUGAGGUCAAGCUUGAGAAACCAAAGACAAUCAAGUCGGCUUUGGGGAAGAGGGAGAAGACAUGCUCCGAAAAGCACUGUCUCUCUCAAAAGUGGCUGUAAAAGAGAUUUGGAUAUGCUCACAGCCUCCAGUCAUUCUGGGAUCCCCAGGACUGAACUACAGGACAGAGAAUUUACCCAGACUCUGAACUAUUUAUAUCCUAUCCUCUGCCCGUACUGAGGUGCCACGAAAACUAGUUAAGAAGUCAGCAGCUUCUCACAUCUCUAAAGCCAUUUGCGGCCAGGGGAAUAAAGCCUUUAGUGCAUAUGCAUGAUACCCAUUCUCUCUUUUGGACAAUAUUAUUUUUACAAAGUCUGCGUGUGUGUGUGUGUGUGUGUGUGUGUGUGUGUGUGUAGGGGUGUCUCAUAAGAAGUUGAGUUUAAGCUCCUUUUGUGUGCCUUUUACAUGGGACCAGGACUUGAAGUUUUACUGAGGAACAAAAGCAUUCUUUAGACCCUGGAAGGCAGUGAACCCUCUGCUGAUGAUUAACUGUAAGGAGUGUUUAUAGCGUCCUACCACACAGUGGUUGUGCUUAUAAUGCCACAUGUGUAUAUCACCUAGGCCUUAACCAAUCCUACAUCAUUAAGCUCCCUAAUAUUUAUGUUAGAUAUACCUGACCACCUAAUUGGGUUCCCCGCUUUCUUAAGAUUCCCAGAAUAGAAUGUUAAGAAAUCAAAUCAAGUUCUGAGGGAUAAAAUUUAGAAAAACCCACCAAAUUCCUAGGUUAAAGAAAAAGAACCAGCUUGGAAAGCUGAAAGUAAGCCUGAGAUUUUUAUUUUAGAUAAUUUCUUCAUGCAAAAGGUAACUUCAUUUCUUCCUAAUAAAUUCUCAUCCAUAGUUAAACAAUAUUCACAAAAAGAAAAAUCACCAUAAACCUCAACUAUGAACUGAUAUUUAUACCUUUAAAUAUUAAUAAUUUAAAUUUUGAGUGUGUGUCUUUUGAAAUAAGAUUCAUGAUGCUCAGAAAUAGAGACACUGCCAGGCUGAUGUUUCAAUACCUAUAAUCUCUGCACUUGGAACAUGAGACAGGAGACCCCAAGUCUGAGGUCAACCUGGGCAACCUAGCAAGAAUCUAAGAAAAAAAUGUAGGGGCAGAAGAGAUGGCUCAGCAUUUAAGAGCACGGGUUGCUCUUCUAGAGGUCCUGAGAUCAAUUCCUAGCAACCACAUGGCGGCUCACAACUAUCUAUAAAGGGAUCUGAUGCUCUCUUCUGGUGUGUCUGAAGACAGCUAUGAUGCACUCAUAUACAUAAAUCUUUAAAAAGUAAAAAAAGAAAAAAAAAUUGAGGUGGCUAAGUCUGUCAUGGAGGGGACCGUCUCACAUCAAGAGACCACUUAGGAAAUACUCCACAGAGGUACCAGGUCCACACCCGAGGGCUAAUGUGUGUAUCCCAUGUGAACUGACUAUUCCACAGAGGCACCAGGUCCACACCCGAGGGCUAAUGUGUGUACCCCACGUAAACUGACUAUGGACUUAUUUGUGAAAGUCACUUCUAUAUCGCUCAACUGGUAAUUCUGUGCUCGUCCUCAGAAAUGGAGAGCACGAGGACAUAAGUGCUACGUGGUUCCUGUCUUAUGACAACCUUGGUAGAGGUGACACAAUGUGCCCCAAAGGUUCUGGAAUGGUGCAUGAUUCAGACAUCUCUAACUGAAGUUGUGAUUAAUCUAGAUGAGAACUCCCUUAAGGGUUGAGCACCUUGGGAAGUACUGUUGGAUCUGGGUAUAUAGACUGUUACUAUUCAUAAAUACAGCAGAGUACAUGUUAAUGAAUUCAAAACAGAAACUGGCAAGUCAAGUGCAGGCAAACCCUCUAAAACCACCCAGAAAGAAUCCACUGAAGGAUUUUGGGAGUUUUUGUAUUUCUUUUCAAAGGAGUUAUCUCACCUGCCAUUUGGUUUAGAUAUUUAUGAGUUUUCAUAUAUAGAAGGAAUCUUGUAUCUUUGGUCUUCCUAUGAUAAGGAAAACAAAAUGUACCUUCAGUGAAAAAUAAACACAAACAAAAAGAAAUACAAUGUGUU